AUGGCAUCCGACCCAAUCUUCCCCAUCAUUGAUUACUCCCGGGUGGUGUCUUCCGACACUUCUAUCUCGACAGCGGAGAAGGACAAGCUCUUCAGAUCGUUCAGAGAGGUUGGCUUCAUUUACUUAAAGGGCUACACGUUCCCGGAAGAAUUCAUCCAGACACUCUUCAGCCACAUACACAAGCUGUUUGCACUCCCGGAAGCGGAAAAACUGGCAAUCGAAGGCGGAGAGAAGCAAGCUUUCCGCGGCUGGUUUGCACCUGUGCGCACCGCGCGAAAUCCAGAAAAAGCGGAUCAGAAGGAAGCAUACGGGCUGGGCAAUGACUACGAUAGCACGCGGCCAAAUAUCUGGCCUCCCAAUUGGCCGGAGUUCCGGGAAGACUUUUCACGAUUUUUUGAGGAAUGCUUCAACAUGCACCUCGAGAUUCUCCGCGCGCUUACUGAAAAAGUGGGACUGGAUCGGGAGACCUUGAUUCCGUCUGUGAAAGCGAAAGAUUCAUACUCAGCCUUGCUGUACUAUCCCGAGACCACGGCAGAAAGUUUCCAGAGCCGCGUGCGCUCCGCCCCUCAUACCGACUUUGGAACGUUGACACUGCUAUUCAACGAUGGGAUUGGCGGACUUCAAGUGAAAAACAAGCAUGGCCAAUGGGUUGAUGCGCCACCACUCCCCGGGCACGCCAUUGUAAAUGUGGCGGACCUGCUCUCGCGGUGGUUCAACAAUCAGCUGAAAUCAACCGAACAUCGUGUCGUGGAGUCUCCGGCUGAGACGCGGCGCGUAGGAGAGAGUGUGAGCAAUAUCGUUCCGGCACGGUAUGCAAUCGCCUGGUUUGGCCAUCCUAACCGUGACGCCGUGGUCAAACCUUUGGACAAGUGUUGCACUGCCGAACAUCCACUGCAGUUCCAGCCGGUGGUCGCAGGAAAACAUGUCAAGGAGCGGAUGGCUCGACUGCUGGAUGAAGGUUAUUUGCCGGAGAAAUGGACAGAUGAUAUGCAUCGCAAGCAAGUCCACUCAGUAACUUGA